CCCACUCUCUCGUCUCUUGUGAGAAACAUUAUGCCUUCGUCAAGCGUUGUUGAUUCCACAAUGAAGAAAGGAACAAAACGCAAAAUCGAAAUAAAGAAACGUGAAACCAAACAGCAACGAGCCGUGACUUGCUCUAAACGCCGUCAAACUGUCUUUUCCAAAGCCGCCGAUCUCUGUCUUCUCGCCGGAGCCAACGUCGCCGUCUUCGUAACCUCUCCGUCUGAGAGUUCCGAUGUUGUUUACUCUUUCUCUGGUUAUUCUCCUGCCUACGAAAUAACCGAUUGCUACCUCAACGAGAAGCCUCCACCCACGAUUGUUAAUCCCCAAUCCAAGCUAGGGUUUUGGUGGGAAGAUCCCAAUCUCUACCAUUCUUGUGACGAUCUCUCUCAGUUAAACAUUAUCGAGGAUCGUUUACAGAGAAUGAAGAAGCAUGUGAUGGCUUGCCUUGAGAAGAAAGAAAAAUCUCAACUUGUUUCUAGUUUCGACCAAAACCCUAGCAGUGCUUGUUCUCUCGACGAGGAUUGCGGUGGAUCUUCUUCAGAUUUUUGUCCAAACCCUAGCUCCUCUGUCCACGAGUCUUGCAGCGAUCAAACCCUAGCUUCUUUCCAUGGCGAUCAAAACCCUAACUCCUCGCCUCAGUCUUCCUCACAGAUCGUUUCUUUUGAUCAGAAUUCUUACUCCGCUCUCAAUCAGACCUAUGGAGAAUCUUCUUCACAAGUUGCCUGUUUUGAUCCAAACCCUAGCUUCGAGAUCCAAGGAUGUGAAACAGAGGAAGAGAAUAACCAAAUCAAUCUACUACAAGAAACACAAACAGAGGCCACAGUCAAUUUGUAUGGUGAGAGUUUUUGGGAUAGUCUCUUCAAAGAUGAUGAUGGGUUUGGUCUAAACAGCGACUUCUGUCUCGACACCACCAAUGACUUGAUCGACUUGGGAGAAUUCAAUGAAGAAGAACUGGAAUAUCUCGACUUUAGUCAGUUCACUUAUUGAACAGUUGUUUAAUUUUUAAAAUCUUAACUUGUAUUAAUUCUUAGGUAUUAUUAUGUACAGUAUAUGUAACGAUCAUAAAAACUUGAUGUUAAUUGUUUCAUCAGAUUUGUCUCGUUGGAAACAAAGGUUCUCUAUUUUGUUUCCUUAAUAGUCAGAUAUGAAAUCUAUAAUUACUAUUAGUGUAGUUGAAAUAUAGUUGAUCAAGGAUU